CGCGUAGUCACUUCCGGCGAGCAGUUACCGCUACUUUGCAAGCAAGCCGGCCAUUAUUUGUUAGCGGCAAGCUGCGUGUCUGUUGAUAAAACGGUUAAAAGUGCACCAAAUUCCACUAAAACCGUUUACAUUUGUGCAUCAACUUCGGCCCCAGACCCUCCUACAAGCCACAACCAAAUUUGCCAAAUAUGGGUGACGAAAAGAAGAGCAAUGAAACGGAACAUAUCAACUUGAAAGUACUGGGACAAGAUAAUGCUGUCGUCCAGUUCAAGAUCAAAAAGCACACCCCUCUCAGGAAGCUGAUGGGGGCUUAUUGUGAAAGAGCGGGCUUGAGCAUGCAGGUCGUGAGGUUCCGAUUUGAUGGAACCCCAAUCAACGAGACGGACACUCCAACAUCCCUCGGGAUGGAAGAGGGGGACACGAUCGAAGUGUACCAGCAACAAACUGGCGGAUAUUGUUAAAAUUAAUUUUAUAACGCGGCUUACCUUGUAAUUACCGCUAGCAUUGAGAAUCUCCCAGUGUUCGUGGUCAAUUUGAGGUAGUUUAUGUAUAGAUUUAAGCUAGUUUCUAAUAUAAUUUUUAAGGUUAAUCGAAAACAAUACUACUUAAAUGAGCACUUUUUGUCGCGUUUUCAAUGUCUAAAUUCCUGUACCGCAAUGAUUUUGUUUUCAGUUUUAGUGAAACUUCAGUUGUGUAUUUCUUAUUCUUAAAUUAAAAUAAUACAAUUCUUUUGAUAACUUA